AAGUAUAUAAUUUUCAAAAGAUUUAUAUUAAAUUAAACUAAAAAUUUCAUGAAUAAGUCAAGCCAUAAGCCAAUCUUUGAACAAAAAAAAGUUCCUUAAAAUCCACCUUUUAAACCUCCUUAAAAAUAAGAAUAGGCUAAUCCUGCUGCUCCUUCUUAGCCAUAAGGAGGGGGUAGAAGUAUCAACAUAAAUACUCCUGAAAUGAUUAAAAAAAUAGAACUUCAUAUAUUAGGAAAAGAUAGCUAAGUUGGGCCAUUUAGUGGUUAUAAUUCAACUGUUUAAUCAAACACAAGUCUUUCUAGCUCUAGAGUUUAUGAAAACCCAAAAGAAAAUCCAUUGCUCGCGUCUUUUGUGAAGGAAUUAGUUUCAUAUGAAGUAAACGAAAGAUAUAAAAUCUUGAUAGAAAGAAAUUAAAAGUUAGAGGAACAACUCAAAACAUCUCACAAGCGUUUAGAAUAGCUUGAAACAAGCUUUUAAAGUUAGCAAGAACUUCAAUCAUAAGGCAAUAAUACAAUAAUGGAUAUAUCAGAAAUCCAUAGUGUUAUAGGAAAUAACUAGUAAAUAGAAGAGCUUACUUAAAACUAUACAAACAUUAAAUAAAAUGUAGAAAAUCUUAAAAAGCAAUUAGAUGAAGAUAUCAAAUAGCAAGUUGUUACUACUUUAGAUAAUAUCUAAUAGAAAGACAGUAAAAUGUCAUAGAUAUUAGAAUAGAUGAAUUAAAAAUAUGAAAAUAAACUAUAGUUGAUUGAGUAGUAAAUCAAAGUCUUUUCUUAAGGAAAUGGAUCAAAUGAUAAAGUUGAUGGAGUUGAUGAAAUGACAAUAAAAAGAUUAGAAGCAGAGCAAUUAUAAGUUCAAUCAGAGUUAAAAUAAUUAAAAUAACUCUUAGAAGCCCAUUAAUAGGAACAAAUUCAGAUAAUUAAUUAGAAUUUUGAUGAGAAAUUAAAGAAUAUCAACAAGGAGUUUGAAAAACUAAAUAAAUCUAUUACAGAUAUGAAAUAAGAUAUAGACUCUUCUAUUUAAGAAAGAAGCUUAAAUACAUCAAUACUUAAAGAUCAAACUGAUUAUUAAAAGUAAAUUGAGAUAUUGCAGAAGAGUAUUUAGGAGCUUUCUUUGUAAAAAUAAGCUCCUACCUCUGAGUUGGAAAGAGAAAAUAAAGACCUUAAAGAAAAGUUCUUUAAAUAUUAAAGAGAAACAAGCACUCAAAUAGAAGAGCUCAGAAGAUUAAUUCUUUCAAACCCAUAAAUGAUGAUGGAAGCUAGCAAGGGGUCUUUUAGAAGACAAGCAACAUAUGGAGAGGAAUAUGGUGGAGUAUAUGAUGGUUCCAAUUUCUAAAUGUAUUAAGAUUUUAAGAAUAGAUAACAGUCUUCAGAUAACGAUUUAGUUGAAAUUGAUACAUAUGGUUCUAUGAUGAAUUCAAAAGUUAGCAAUUAAGGUGAUUUCGAGUAUAAGAUGCAAAAUAAUAAUAAGGACUUGGAGUAUGAAAUGUAAAGAUCUAUUACAUUUGGUGGAUAAAAUAAUGAAGAUAAAAAUAAAUAAAACUAAAAUUAAGACCAAGAAUGGUUACAAAAAUAUAAGUAACACGAGGAAAAUGUUGAAGAGCUUAUUAAUAAAUUUUCUUCGAAUACAUUUGAAGUAGACGAAAAUAAUGAUAAACCAUAAUAGGUUAGUGGUAAUAAGACAAACCCAAAUUUAAUUCCAAAAAAUACUGAUGACAUAUCUCUUAGAACCAAGUAGCUUUCUUAAGAGAUGCCUGAAAGAAAAAAGUAAGAUGAUAUUGGAGGUGAUGUGAAAGCAAGUUUUGAUGAUAUGAAAAUAAACUACGAUGGGAUAUAGAGCUUUAUUGAUAAUUAUUAAAAGUAAGAUAGCAAAUUAGCCAAUUUACCAAAAGAAACAGAAAGUUAAUAUGAAGUAUAGCAAUCAUAAAACUAAUAAGACUUGCCUCAUGAACUUUUACAGUCAGAAGUCUCACUUACUUCAGGUACUUCACAUGAACAAAUUUUAAAUAGUUUAGGCUACAAAGAACAAUCUGAAGAAUCAAAUGAUAAUUAAGUAGACAUCAAGAUGACUUAAUCAACAGUCAGCAAUAAUUAACCUUAAAUUAAGAUCUCUACACAAUCUUAGCCUAUAAAUGAAAUUAUUGAAGAGGAAGAAUAAGGAGAAACAUUUGUGUUUGAUACAAAAUCUAAAAAGUUUAAUAACAUAUCACCACUCACAUCUCCAUAAAAAAUGACUGCCUCUUAAGCAAUGAGAAAAUCUUAAGAAUUGAAAAAAGAUCAGCUAAUAGAAGUCAAUGUUCAUGAUCUUAGCUUCAAGGAUGAAGAUAAUAAAUAAAUUUAUGAGAGUUUAUGUGGCUCUCAUAAGAAUAUUCCUUUACUUGAUGAUUAAGAAAUUAAAGAAACAAGCUCAUAGAAAACUAACGAUAUAGGUGAUUCCUAAAAAAGUUUAGAUUAAAGAUCUUCUUCUAGAGACUUGGCUUACAGUAUUAUUGUAACUUAACCUCCAGAUUAGGAAUCUAUAAAGAUUAAAUAAGAAAACUAGUAGAAUACUUAAAAGGAGGAGCCUAUAUAAGCUUAAGAAAAUCAAGGAUAAUCAAACUUAAAAGAAAGUUAAGAAAAGCAAAAGCCUUAAAGUAUUGUAAGUGCUCCCCAUCCUGCUAAAGCUGAUGAUACCAUUGAUGAUGAUGAAAUAUAAGGAGAAGAUGACGAACUAGAAUAGUCGAAUAAAAAAGUUAAUGAAACUGAUUCCCAAAUUUAAGAAAAUUAAGAAUAGCCUGAUUAGUAAUUUUUUGUAGAGAAUAGAGCUGAGUAUGUUUUGUCAUCAAAUGUAUAAUAAGGUAAUGAAGAAAGAGAAUCCUUAUAGGCAGACACUUAAAGCUAAGACUAAGGCCCAUAAGUUUAAUAUGAGGAAGAAGAAGAAGUUGUAUACUAAUUGGAUGAAAAUGGGUUCUUAAUGGAUGAAAAAGGUAACUAUAUUUUAGGAGAUGAUGGUGAGAUGGUAAAACUUGGCGAUGAUGAUAUUUAAUAUUUAAGACAAACAAACAUGCUUGAAGAAUUUUGA